UUCGACUGAAGUCGUGAUUCAAUUAUUCGCAUCUCUCAUAUUGCAUCGUCGUCUGUGUGUGUUUUUUACUGUGUGCGAAUAAUCGGAUGGCGAAUUCGGCGGCGGAUGCGCGAAGCAACAGAAAGGCGGUCCAAGCUACGAACGACGAUGCCUCCGCCAGCAAGCUGUCUUGCGUGAAAAAGGGAUACAUGAAAGAUGACUAUGUUCAUUUGUUCGUUAAAAGGCCUGUAAGGAGAUCCCCUAUUAUAAACCGUGGAUAUUUUGCUCGGUAUGCGGCGCUUAGGAAGCUUCUUUACGAGUUUCUUGACUGUGAUAUAAAUGGGGAUGAGAAAAGCAAUAAGAAGCAAAUACUGUCCCUUGGGGCUGGCUUUGAUACUACGUUUUUUCAAUUACAGGAUGAAGGGAAAGCGCCUUAUCUUUACGUGGAAUUAGAUUUCAAAGAGGUGACGAGUAAGAAAACUUCUCUCAUUGAAAGCUCUAAUCAGUUGAGGGCCAGAGUCGGUGAAUCCGCAUCGAUCUCUACUGAGAAAGGGGAAGUACUUGGCGACCACUACAAACUCAUCCCUGUUGACCUGCGCGAAAUAGAAAAACUUGACGAUCUAAUUUCUCUGGCUAAUAUUGAUCCAAGUUUGCCUACUUUUAUAAUUGCAGAAUGUGUUCUUAUAUACUUAGAUCCAGAUUCAAGCCGUGCGAUAGUCGGAUGGGCUUCUAGGACAUUUUCGACAGCUAUAUUUUUCUUAUACGAACAGAUUCAUCCAGACGAUGCUUUUGGACAACAGAUGAUAAGGAAUCUGGAGAGUCGGGGAUGUGCACUAUUGGGCAUCUAUGAUACACCUACUUUACAUGCGAAGGAAAGACUUUUUCUUGAUCAAGGAUGGCAGAGAGCUGUUGCGUGGGACAUGCUGAAAGUUUACAGUACUUUCAUCGAAGCCCAAGAAAGGCGCAGGAUUGAACGGCUCGAACUGUUCGAUGAGUUCGAAGAGUGGUACAUGAUGCAGGAGCAUUACUGUGUGGUCUGUGCAAUCAACGAUGCAUCGGGUAUAUUCGAGAAAUUCGGUUUUCCAAACGAGGAGCAUGUGACAGGUUCGUCCCCUUCUGCAACAACUAUACGAGGGUGAUUUCUUCCUAAAUUGCAUUUCCCUCUGUUUCCUUAUUUUCCCUAUUUAUUGUCAUUGUGUUACUCUUGUGUAAUAUGUACUGAUAUUGAUCGUACAAUUGUUAGAUGGGGGUGAUUAAUUUUGCAUCAUCGCAAGCAAUUUUUAUCAGUUAUUAUUUCAGGUAUGAGAAAUAAUUUCGAGAAUGCAUGUCAUUUUGGAUAUUCGAAAUUCAAGAACAUGUUAAUUGUGAAAUUUUAUCCACAUGGUGUUGAAUAACAUAUUUCUUUGUCACAU